CCCCCGGACUCGAAGUAGCCACGGCCGCGCAGUUUUACCUCUUCAAACACACUAUUCCACCACCCGUCCAUCAAUUAAAAGGUUACAGGUGUGUGCUGCUAGUGAACGUGUGGUGCAGCAGGCCAGUCUUGGCAACAUGGUGAAGGCCCAAAAGUCAAGUGGGAGGAAGAGCACUCACUGUCUCCGCAGAGAGAGUGGUGGUCAGACCGAGAUGGAGGAAGGCCAGCCCCAGUCAGACGCCCAGCACUCACCAGAGGCAAAACCCCAGGGAGGGGAAGAGUCCUCUGAUCAACCCCAGCUCCAGACUUCUGAGUCUGCUGAGGCGCUGUCUGAGAACUGGGACCAGACAGAAACUCCAAUGGAUGGCCAGGAAAAGGAAGAUUCUGAGGCCCAGCCCAAGGGCAGAUCAUUGUGGAAGCCCAUUCCUCCUCUACUGCCUCAGCCGUCUGAGUCCAACAGCGGUGCUAUCCCUGAGACCAGAGACCAGAGCUGCCAGACUGAGGAUCAUCUUCAACAGACCAGCGCCGGCAGCCAUGGUCAUAACACAGGUCACUGUGUGGAGCCUGGAGACCCUCCUCUGCUCCAGCAGCCUCUGCAGACCUCCAAAUCUGGAAUUCAGCAGAUAAUUGAGUGCUUCCGAUCAGGCACCAGCCAGCUGAAACACAUGCUGCUGAGGGAGGUGGACACCAUUUUCGAGUGUAAACUCUGUCGCAGUCUGUUCAGAGGCCUGCCCAACCUCAUCACACAUAAAGAGUACUACUGCCUAUCACGGCUGCCUGAGUCUGACGGUUCUCCAGGUGACGACAGACAGAGUGUAGCCAUUAAGGAUUUAUUAGAUGCCAUAUAUCCCAGAGUCGACCGGCCGGACUAUGUGGUCCGACUAGAGCCCAUCCAGACCACCAACAAGGCAGUGUUUCAGUACCUCACCACAGAGGAGGAGCUGGCUAGAUAUCCAUCGCACACACCCAGUGCAAGAGAGAGCCCGGUAGUGUGGGAAGGAGAAGCAGUGGAGGAUGUUGACAACAAUCAGGCCAGUCAGCCAGGAGGGCCAGAGAGUCCAGGACACAACCAGGGACAGAGAAGAUGGGAGACUGAAGAGGCAGCUAAAGAAGAGACGCCACAGCCUGAAGAUGAGGGAUCCACUAGUGGAGUGGAGGAUGUGACAAUCUCCUGCUGUCUGUGCGGUCAGGACUUUAACUCACGCCGCAGCAUUAGGCGUCACUGCCGCAAAAUGCACCAGACUAAACUCGAGGAGCUCCGAAAGUUUACAGAGACACGGACGGUUCCCACAAGCCUGCUCUCUAUGGUGAAAGGUCGGCAAAGGACUCUUAGCACACCUACUGGAAAAUCCUGCCCAGUGUGCCUCAAAACCUUUGCUACUAAAGCCAACGUACGCCGUCAUUAUGAUGAGGUGCAUCGUGGUCUGCGGAGGGACACCAUCACACCCAGCAUUUCCUCACGACCUGGCCAGCCCUUCUCUUUGGAGGUCACGCCCCCCAAGAAGAGCAACAAUUCCUCUCCAACACGUAGCCACCACUCCAAGACUACUCCUGUGAACUCUAAAACAUCUCCAAACCCAAGUCAACCAAAACCUCAGAGUCCACCUCCAGCCUCUCCACAGGCGACCCCAGCUUCAUGUCGCUGCACACUCUGCAAGAGGAACUACAGCUCUCAGCUUAUGUUGAAGAGGCACAUGCGUAUUGUCCACAAGAUCUACAGCAUGAAAAAUAACAAGUCUGCUACAACGUCAACCUCCGCUACCACGGCAGCCACUCCUAGCAGCAGCAGUGCCAGCCCGGGGCCCAGCAACAAUAUCCGAGUUAAAGAGGAAGCGGUCGAACCGUCAGAAGAAGAGGAAGACGAGGACAUUGACAGCAGCCCGACCCCGUCUCCCAGCGACAGCACUGGCACGAGUAAAGGUGUUUCUGUGGCACACAACGCAAUGAAGGUGAAGGAGGAGGAAGCCCCAUCGAGCCCGAAGCUGACAUCACCUGUAUCUUCAUCUGGCUCGCGUGCGGGCAACACGUUCAGCGGGGGCAUGGGCAACAAAAUGACUAAACUGUCGGUGGGUUUUGACUUCAAGCAGCUCUUCUGUAAGCUGUGCAAGCGACAGUUCAGCUCACGUCAGAACUUAUCAAAGCACAUUGAGCUGCACACGGACGGCAACGACAUCUUCAUUAAGUUCUACCGCUGCCCUCUGUGUCGCUACGAGUCACGUCGCAAACGUGAUGUCCUGCGCCAUGUGACUGUGGUCCACAAGAAGUCAUCUGCGUACCUAGCCAAGAUCAUGCCCAAACUGGAGAGCAGGGCAGUGAAGAGGCUAGCGGAGGUCGUCCUCAACAACACAAACCCCAAGAGGGCGAGCAGCGGAGUCAAGGAGGAAGUGAACGGACGCCACACCUCAUCCUCCUCUUCCUCCUCUCCCUCACCCCCUGUCACUCGCAAGCAAGAGUGCUCCACACCUGCCCCAACCAUCGGAUCAGCCUUGUCCUCCUCCUCCUCCUCUACUCCUUCCGCGCCGCCACCAGCUCCCAUCACCCGGAAACAACAGGACCUCUCUUCUACAGCGUUCACCCCGUCCCCUCCUGUCACUCGUAAGCAGGAGAGACAACAGAUACAUCAGCAGCGCCCCGUCACCCCCCCAAUGACACGCCGCAGUGAUAAACACACACACCAGCGCAACUCCUCCUCUUCCUCCACCUCCACCGCCACCUUACCGAACCAAACUCCACACACCCGGCGGCACGACACCCAGUCAGAGAGCAGCAGCACCGGGACAUCCUCCACUGAAGUCAGGGUGACUAAGAACUUCUCCCUGCAUGCCUGCGACCAGUGUGGACGGGCCUUUGCUAAGAAGUUAUACCUGGAGUCUCAUAAGCGAAGCCAUCGUAACGCGGCAACAGCAGCAGCCAGCAGGAGGAAAGGAGUCAGCACCCGCUCUAAAUCCCUGGUCUGGUGAAAACAUACAUACAGUGUCCGCAGGGGAUAAUGGUGGAGCGAGCCACUAAAAAUGAAGAAGAGAAAACUUCUCAAUUGGGGAAAAAAGAAAGAUGGAACGAGCACAGAGAAGAGAUGAAGGAAACAAGGAACAAUGGAGCAUGAUGGAGGAACAAAGGAAGUACAGAGGAGUUUCCACCUUUUUGCUUAAGAACCAAAUAUAGUAUUGGAGAUUUUUGUAUAGUUUCAUUAUGAAGCCAGCCAGCUGUAGUGCACAAACUGGCCUGAUGGUGGCGCUGCUAUUCACGGAGAGACUGUAGUGAAAAGGAGAUUCACUACUACUGUAUAUAUCUAUAUUUACUUACCACAGUAUGUAAAUGCAGAUCCAUAU